GGCCGGUUUUGGGCCCUGAUGGAGUCAGACAACGAGGACGACGCCGGAGAUGGAGACUUGGCGAUGCGUUCGCCGCUGUCACCUACGCCUAGUUCUUUGAUUGGCGAUCUAUUUCAUGCAGGUUAUGAUGAAGAUGCGGUCGCCAAUAACGUAGACACAAUGGUGCCGGUGGAAGAUCCGGUGCGGGUGGGGCUUCACCCGGACGAGAGGAGGGAAGUGGUACGACGUGUCGUUCAUCGGAGAAAUGCGGCAUCGACGGUCAGGCCAUGGAAGGGCCCUAUACCCAAGGUUUUAUUCCGGACUACGGCACUGAUUCGUUCGUGGUCGCCACUCACCCAGACGGAGGCCAGGGAGCAUUUGGUUACUGGGUCUGUCCGCUGGGAGAUGGUAGCUCGGGAUAUCUUCGACCGGUUUGGAUGGCGGUCAUGUAAUAGGAUAGGUAUUUAGUGUUCCUAUCUACUUUACCCAGCCGG